AUGUCCCUCUUCGGCGACGACACAGACGUCCCUUCCCGGCCAACCAACAAAUCCUCUCUCUUCGACGACGACACCGCAACUCCUGCUGCGCGAAACAAUAAUUCCAUUUUUGUCGACAGCGCCGCUGACGACUCGAACGAUUCGCCGUGGGGGUUCACGCCGAGUAAACGCAACCUCGGCGGUACUCGCAACAAGGUCAAAACAUUACUUGCAGACGCGGACGUGCCGGACUUGUAUAUUGAUACAUUUGAUCGACUGCAGGUUGGCGGCUUUGUGAGCACUCGGGAAGCGAAGAAGUUAGUGGAUGAGAGUGGAGUUGGCGCACCGGAGAGGGAAAAGAUCUGGAGUCUUGUGGGACAAGACGACAGGCUCACGCGCGGCGAAGUCAAUGUGUUGAUAGCAUUGAUUGGGCUUGCGAAGGAAGGCGAGGAACUAGGGUUGGACGCUGUGGAUGAGAGGAGAGACAAGCUGCCCGUUCCAGAUUUGCUUAUGAAGACCGCCGAUAUGCCUGCCACGACGCCGCAACAGGAUGAGACACAGACAGGGGCGCGUCAAGAAUCGCCGAAUCAGACUGGCAAUGGGCUGAGGAAGACAUCAUUUGGCGCGGGCUUUGGAGAGAGUGAUCCCUGGGCGAGCCCGCAGAUGCAUAAAGGGCAUGAACACUUGAACGGUGGUGGUGCUGGACAGAGAACGACCAGUGCAUUCACCACAAGUGCGGCUGAGCCCUCGGAUACCUCUGGCAAUUACGAGAAUGGACAGUCUGGCACUGGCCAAGGUACAGGCAGCAGUUGGGGCGGAACUUCAUACGAAGGCGGGAACACUGAGAGCUUUGGUAAUGCUGCUGCUACGGGUGAAGGUAGUGGCUUCGGCGAUGAAGGCAACGGAUCCGGCACGACACGCCGACCACCACAGCCCCGUGUGCAGACGAACAAGGGCGUUGAGGAGCUGGUCACUGUGAAUCUGCUCGAGGAGAAGGAGGGCAUGUUCAUGUUCCAGCACCGAAAUUACGAGGUCGCAUCUGUCCGCCGCAACAGCAAAGUCAUCCGACGAUACAGCGAUUUUGUCUGGCUAUUGGAUUGCUUACAUAAGCGCUACCCAUUCAGGCAGCUGCCUCUACUCCCACCAAAACGGGUCGCUAUCAAUGGCAACCACAUUGCAGCGGAUUCGACCUUUAUCGAGAAGCGAAGGCGAGGACUGGCACGAUUUGCGAAUGCAUUGGUUCGCCAUCCAGUCCUGCGCGAAGAACAGCUGGUUGUGAUGUUCUUAACGGUUCCAACGGUAGAUGCACGUCCACUCUCCUGUUUGAAGAUCUUGGCUAACUUGUGUGCAGGAACUUGCAGUCUGGAGAAAGCAGGCUACUAUCAGUGUGCAAGAAGAAUUUGUCGGCCGGACUCUGCCUCCCACGCUGGAAGACAGUCUGCCGCAGGAUCUGCUAGACACGUUUGACACCGUACGAUCUGGAGUACGAAGAAGUGCCGAACUGUACAUCAACCUCUGCAACUUGGUUGAGCGGCUUUGCAAACGAAAGGAAGCCUUGGCUGGCGAGUAUGGGCGCAUGACCCUCAACUUGGACAGCAUAACCGAAACCAGCAACGACACGUAUGCCAUUGACAACAGCGAUGUCCCUCAGCUCAACGAGGGCAUCAAGGGCACUGCAAGGCACAUUGGCACAUCACAAUCGCUGCUCGAAGACGAAGCCCGAGCCUGGGACGAGGGAGUCCUGGAAGAUCUCAAGACUAUGCGAGACUUGCUUGUGAGCGUACGGGAUAUGUUCGAUCGAAGGGACCGCUAUGCGCGCGAUAACAUCCCGCAGCUGGAGAAGAGGAUUCAGCAGAAUGAGCAGAAGCUUCAGAAUAUCCGAGCUAAAGGAGACGCCGCGAAGCCUGGUGAGGCUGAGAAGGUUGAGAACGCCAUCACUGGGGUGAGUUCAAUCCACUGCUACUCGUAGAAGAGUCCUCACUGACAGAGUAUGCGACAGGACAAACAAUCCAUCGUCGACCAACAUGCUCGCGGCGUCUUCAUCAAAGAAUGCAUCCGCGAUGAACUGCUCUUCUUCCAGAGCACACAGUACCGCGCCUCUCGCCUGCACCAGGAUUGGGCCCAGGAACGCGUCAAGUACUCGGAACUACAAGCCGAUAAUUUCCGUGCCAUGAUUGAUACGGUGGAGAGGAUGCCUCUGGGCGAGUAG